GCAGCAGUAGCUCGACGGAAACCAUCUGCUUCGAAGUCUCUCCUUCCGACCUCCGGUUGGGUUUGGAAAGACGAUGGCGACAGUUUUAUCAGUUUCCGGCUUUUACAUCAACAUUGGCUCAGGUAACCCUAGCCGGUCCUCCGCGGGGGAGGUAGUAAGUGCGCCACCCAAAAAGUCAUGAGGAUGCAGUGCCGAAUCGAGGAGUCCGAGCAGAUGUUCAAGGAUUGCGUGGAAGGUUCUUCUUCCCCAUUCAGUAAGGUUCAGUGUAAUUACUCUGAAAGAUUCCAACAUCAUGGUUAAAUCGCGCAUUGAGCAAGGGCAAAGUUCUAGUUCUAAAAAGGAGUCGAAGGAUCCUGCUUGGGCGCAUGGAACAAGAGUUAAUCCUCCUAAUGGAAAAAGUGGUUAUGUGUAUGUCAAAUGCCAUCAUUGCAACAAUGUUAUCACUAGUGGUAUAAGCAGGUUAAAAGACCAUCUUGUUGGAACUCGUAAAAAUUCUGCGCCAUGUCCAAAGGUUUCUGAUCCAGUGAGGAAGGAAAUGUUAGCACUUCUAAAAUGUUAUGCAGAACAAAAACACAUUAAGCAGAAGUAUUUUGAUGAGAUGGUUGAUUCAGGAGCAUACUUUGGUGCUCCAAAUGAUGUUGUUUUAGGCACUGGACCAAACCCUCGUGGACCGAUGGAUCGUUUUCUUGGCCGUUGUGGAUUGACGUCUGAAGAUGGUUCAAACAAAGAAGAAGAUGCCAGGAAGACCUUUUUGAGUGAAAUGUCUUCCAAAAAACAAACAAUCUGCAGAGUCCAUCGUCUGCGCGCGUCUGCGCGGCGCAGACAAAAGACGCCAGAAGGUCUUCUGGCAGAAAAACAAACACCCCCUAAGGCUUCUGUGCGUGAACAACGCAAUUUAGUAUGUCGUGAUGUGGGAAGAUUUAUCUUUGAGAAUGCCAUAUCCUUCAAUGUUGCAAAUAGUCCAUCGUACUAUGCCAUGAUGCGUUCUGUUAGCAAUUACGGAGCAGGUUUUAAGCCCCCUUCUAUGCAUGAACUCCGUACAUGGAUAUUGAAAGCAGAGUACGAUGCAACCAAUGAUAUUGUGGAAGAAGUGAAAAAGACAUGGCCACAUACUGGAGUGACUAUUAUGUCUGAUGGUUGGAGUGACACCAGAAAUAGAGGACUUAUAAAUAUCCUUGUCAAUAAUCAAUUUGGGACAGUAUUUUUAAGAUCGGUUGAUGCAUCAGAUAAAGUUAAAGAUGCAGACUAUUUGUUCCAAUUGCUAGAUGGUAUUGUUGAAGAAAUUGGGGAAGAAAUAGUUGUCCGAGUUGUGACAGAUAAUGCGAGCGCGUACAAGGCUGUUGGGGAACUGCUAAUGCAGAAAAGAUCACACUUGUAUUGGACUCCUUGUGCUGCACACUGUAUUGAUCUCAUGUUGGAGAAGAUUGGAGAACUACCUCAACACAAACAUGCUCUGUUGAAAGCAAAGAAAGUGUGCACUUUCAUCUACAAUCGUGGAUGGGUUUUGCAACUAAUGAGGAAGGUUAUCAAGAAAGAUCUUGUUCGCCCAGGUAUCACAAGAUUUGCAACCGCAUAUUUGACCUUAGAGUGCAUUGGUAGCGCAAGAGAGGGCCUACAAAGAAUGUUUGUUUCAAAAGAGUGGACGGAGAGCAGGUUUGCGAAGCUGGCCGAAGGCAAAGAGGUGAAGAAAAUUGUCAUGGAUGAUAGAAAUUUUUGGCCGAGUGUUGCGUAUGCAGUCAAAAGUACAAAGCCUUUAGUGGAGGUGUUGAGAUUGGUUGAUGGAGAUGAACCUGCGAUGGGGUUCAUUUAUGGGGCUAUGGAUUCAGCAAAAGAGAAAAUUGCUGAAAAUUUUGGCAAUCAAUACUCUACUUACAGUGAGAUUUGGAAGAUCAUUGAUGCAAAAUGGGAUCGUCAAUUACAUCGUGAUUUGCAUGCUGCUGCAUAUUACUUGAAUCCGAGAUUCAAAUGGGAGGAUGGAUUCUCCACCCAUUUAGAGGUGAAAGAAGGACUGUUUAGGUGUAUGGAAAGGCUCAUUUGGAGCAGAGCUGAUUAUUUGAAGGCCGACCGUCAACUGGAUGAGUUUCGAUACAAGCGAGGAUUUUUUAGCAUGACAGCAGCUCAAAGCUCAUAUAAGACUCGUCCACCAGUGGAAUGGUGGGAUCACUUUGGAGAUGAAGUUCCAGAGCUUAGAGCUUUUGCUGUUAAGAUUCUUGGUUUGACUUGUUCUUCUUCACCAUGUGAACGUAAUUGGAGCACCUUCAAUCAAGUUCACACCAAGAGGAGGAACCGCCUAUCAACGGUGAAGUUGAAUAGUUUGGUUUUCAUAAUGUUCAACAAAAGAUUAAAGUUUCGAAAAAGUCGAUUGCAAAAGAGAGAGGAUACUUUGGUUUGUGAAGCUUUGUCUUCUGACGAUGAGUGGAUUGUUGACGACAACACCGGAGGAGAUGAUGAACUUGCAUUGGAUGUUGAUGAAAUGAAUAAUGAAUUCAGAGGGGUACAUGUUACAAAUGACAUGCAUGGAGAUGAUGAUGCAGAGGCUGAUGAUGGAGAUGGAAUUGAGUUUUCAGUAGUCUACGCCUCUACGGGACUCUAAACAAGAACUUGGAGACUUAAAUUAUAGUCUCAAAAUGAUAUCAUGAAUCAUGAUUAUCUUAUUGCGUUUUUAUUUUGCCCCCCUUUUUUGCUUUAAAUGAAAACUUAUGUAUUAC